AUGCUUCUUUUUUAUUUUUCUUUCUUUUCUUCGUUUUUUCUUUGUUUCUUUCUUUCUUAUUUUUAUGUUUUAUUCCGUUUUCUUUUUUUUUAUCUUGCUCUUUUUAAUUUUCUUGUCAUUUUUUUUUAUUUUUCAUACAAUUCAAUUUCUAACCCGACUUUUUCUCUCACCUUUCUUUCUUUUUUUAUUUUUUUAUUGUUCUGUCUUUCUCAUUUCUUCAUACAUUUUCUUUUUUAUGACCCGUUUUUCUUUCAUUUCCUUCUCUCUCUUUCUUUAUUUUCUCUUUCUUUCACUUUCUUUCUCUCUUUGUUCCAUUAUUUUCCUUUAUUUCUUUCAUCUACUACCCCUUAUUUUUUUAUACUUUCUAGCUUUACCGAUUUUUUUACUGAUUUUUCUUUCUCGUAUUUUCUUUCUUUUAUUUGCUUUCAUUCUUUCUUUCAUGCAUUAUAUUUUUCGGAUAAAGUCCUUCACUCUCUAUCUCUCUCUCUCUCUCUCUCUCUCUCUCUCUCUCUCUCUCUCUCUCUCUCUCUUCCCUAG